AGUUGGCCAUCGAGAGACUCCAAGCAAGACAUCAAAUGUUCCUCCUCCAGAUAGCUGCUCUGCUGGCCACCCUGGCCCUGGGAUAUGGCGCCGCGAUACCCACCGGCAUGGAGCCACAAUCGCCUCUGGGGGGCAGGAUAGUAGGAGGAGUAGCAGCCACAAUUGAGAACCAUCCGUGGAUGGUUUCCGUGCAGACAUCGGGAUCUCACCACUGUGGCGGCAGCAUCAUCAGCAACAACAUCGUGGUGACCGCCGCCCACUGCCUCAAGUCUCCGAUCACAGCGUCCGGGCUCCGGAUUAGGGCUGGCUCCAGUCGACGUUCGUCCGGAGGAGUUCUCGUCCAGGUGGCGGCCUUCAAGGCGCACGAGGGCUACAACUCGGCGACGGAGGUGAACGACAUUGCAGUCCUGCGCCUGCGGACGUCCCUGACCUUCGGCUCCACCAUCAAGGCCAUUCCGUUGGCCACCGUCAGUCCCGCCAAUGGAGCAGCUGCCUCAGUUACGGGCUGGGGCAAGAUCGGCUACAACAGCUACAGCUCCACCUCGACACUGCACUACAUCGACACCCGGAUAGUGUCACGCUCGCAGUGCGCCAGCUCCUCCUACAGCUACGGAUCGAGGAUCAAGGAGAGCAUGAUCUGCGCGGCGAUGGCCAACAAGGACUCCUGCAAUGGCGACUCUGGCGGGCCACUGGUAUCUGGUGGCCAGCUGGUGGGAGUCGUCUCCUGGGGAGUGGAAUGUGCCCUGGCCAACUACCCAGGCGUGUACGCCAAUGUGGCCGAGCUGCGGGCUUGGAUACUCCAGGCCCAGAAGACUGUCUAGAAUCUAGGCAGGAUCUAUAAGAAUAUGUGCAUUAAAUUUAAACCCAAGUCGUG